AUGGUGGUCGGACUAGGAUGUACCGGGGUGGCGUCCGGGGUGGUCACCGUAUCCAGUGGGAGGGGGAGGACGAGGGACGGCGCCGAAGCUCUGGGUGGGGGCUGGACAAGGGAUGACGCGGGAGGUCUGGGUGAGGGCUGUCCGCCCGAACAUACUGGGAGGAGGGAGGAUGUUGUGGGCCUCGACUAUGAAAUGCUCCUAGAUAUGGCGGAGAGACUCACUGGCGAUGUUUGUUACGUGGGAGCAGACAUUUCCAUGGACUACGAGGCGUCAGUGAUGACUUCGUCAAUCUCAAGAUGUGAUGUCGAGCCAGUAUCUUGGAGAAAAAUAAGUGGCGAUGAUGGUGACAGGCUUGUGUUGGGGGUUCAUGCGCACUCCCGCAGCUACUUAGGAAUCGAAAUUCUUUGUGUUUUGGUUCAGAAAGAUUUGAUCUUGGGAGGAGAAAGGUCAGGCAUGGAUGAGAAUGGGACACCAGAUUACAGCGGUGGGGGCUCGGACAUGGACCUGCUCAUGCUCUCAGGGUUUGACGACCUUGACAGUUUCCCAAAGCUCGGCGCCGGUCCUUCAUUUAGUGACGGUAUCUUGUCGUCUUUCAGUGUUUCACCUGCGCAGCAGGUGACACAUAUCUCACCUUCACCACCUUCUGUGGAUGCUGAGGAGCAAGGUGAUGUUUCCAUUACUGAUGGUAGUGAUUGCUCUGUCAGUUUAGCCUCUAACGAGGUCAUGAAUGUGAGCGCUCCCACUGUCCCAAAGACAGUUUAUGGCGGCGUCACCCUGACGGAGAAGAUGCUCAGGGCAUUGGCCAUGCUUAAAGAAGCAUCAACUGCUGGGCCAGUCCUUGUGCAAGUUUGGAUCCCUGUAAGAAAUGGAGAUCACCAAGUGCUGACCACCUCUGACCAGCCUUUCUUGCUUGAUGAGAGGCUCACAGGGUACAGGGAAGUCUCUAGGCAGUUCACAUUCUCAGCCACAGAAGGACCUGGUCUGUUUCCUGGAUUGCCUGGGCGUGUUUUCAUAUCCGGUAUGCCAGAGUGGACAUCGAACGUGAUGUACUACAACACUUCAGAGUUCUUGAGGGUAGAUUAUGCGAUUCGCAAUGAAGUCCGGGGAUCCCUUGCCAUGCCGGUUUUCAACUCAAGUGGCGGCUCUUGCUGUGCUGUGUUGGAAGUAGUCAUGACACAGGAAAAGGAUAACUUUUGCUCAGAGAUGGACAACCUUUCUAAUGCUCUGCAGUCUGUUCAGCUCAGCACUGUGCAAGCAAGGACACAUCCUCAGAGCCUUACUAGGAAUCAGCAAUCAGUAUUGACGGAAAUAUUGGAUGUUCUCAAAGCUGUUUGCCAUACACACAUGCUACCUUUGGCACUUGCAUGGAUUCCAGUUUGUCCCAACAGCAAUUUGAAUGUGUCAGCAGAGUAUGGUGACCAGGCUAUAAAAUUUGGUCUGAGGAACAAAGAUGUCCUUUGCGUACAAGAAUCUGCCUGUUACAUCAAUGACAUGAGAAUGCAUGAUUUUCUCCGUGCCUGUGCAGAACACCCCCUUGAGAAAGGACAAGGUGUUGCUGGAAAUGCAAUUUUAUCAAAUCACCCCUUCUUCUCAUCUGAUGUGAGAGAAUAUGAUAUGCACGAUUAUCCGCUGGUACAUCAUGCCCGUAAGUUCGGUCUUCAUGCUGCUGUUGCUAUCAGAUUGCGUAGCACAUACACUGGCAAUGAUGACUAUGUGUUAGAGUUUUUCCUUCCACUGACGUGCAAAGUUCGUGAAGAACAACAGCUCUUACUUGAUGACAUCUCAAUGACCAUGCAAAGAGUAUGCAGUAGUCUGAGAACAGUUUCAGAUGCUGAACUGAAGGAAAACACCAUAAUAAUGCGAUCAGCUAUAAGAUGCUCGUCGUCUGAUGUUUCUAUUAAUUCAUGUGACCAAAUUGAUGUAUCCAGUGAAGUCAAAAAAUAUGCUAAGUUUGAACCUGGCAGCACAUCUGAAAAUUUUCAAAACUGCAGCUCAACAGGGAAGAAUGUUAGCUUGACUGUCCUUCAGGAAUCUACAUCUGAUAGGCUGAAAAUACGCAGCUCAACGGAGAAGAAUGUUAGCUUGAAAGUCCUUCAGCAAUACUUUGCUGGCAGUUUAAAAGAUGCUGCAAAGAGCAUUGGUGUUUGCCCUACAACGCUGAAAAGGAUAUGCCGGCAGCAUGGAAUAUCAAGGUGGCCAUCUCGUAAGAUAAAGAAGGUAAACCGGUCACUACAGAAGAUUCAGAAUGUCAUAAGUACUGUACACGGAGUGGAGGGAGAGAUAAAAUAUGAUCCUGCCACUGGAUGUAUUGUUUCAUCUGUUUCCCAUACCGAAGAGUCUUCAAUGAUGAUGAAUGUAGAACAUCAAAGUUCUGAUUCCCUGCCCAUUGAAUGCCAUAAGUUCCAACCUGAUUAUGAUGCAUACCAAAGAGAACAUCUAGGCCAAGCUGUACUCCACAAAGCACAGAAUGACAAACGGAGCGAAACUCAUAUUAACCUGAAUCCUGGAGGGUUAUGCCGAAAUUCAAAUUUUGGCAGAACAUCAAAAGGGCCACGGUGUCAGGAUGCGUCAAACAGUUCGUAUCUUACAAAAGAAAUGAUCUCUGCUGACGGUACGGAUAUGUGGGUUGAGGGAGCUGAGCAAAAGAACGUAGUGUGGAAUUCUAUUUCUAUGCCACAGCAAUGCAAAAUUGAGAUAGAAACAGACAAGUCUAAUACAAUUGUUGAGCAAAGCCUAGCAUCUUCUUCCAGCAUGACAGAUUGCUCCAGUGGCGGUACAUCCAGUGAUGGGACUUUGAAGAAAUGUUUUAAGAGUCGGUCAGUUGACGGAAGCAAUGCAAGCAUAGUUGUGAAGGCCGCUUACAAGGAUGAUACUGUAAGGUUGAAGUUACUACCAUCCAUGAAAUACGAGAAUCUGCUUGAAGAAAUUGCGAAGAGGCUGAAGCUAUCAGUUGGUGCAUUUCAGCUCAAGUACAAGGAUGAUGAGGAUGAAUGGGGGGUUCAACAGUGUUCAUAUUUUUUUGGAAGGGAGGAAAAUGAAUUUCUUUCAUCCACCUAUUCAAGAUUUUGUCUAUCUGGGACAAUAGUCUACUCUGGGUCUUAG